CCCCUUUUUUGUAAACAAAAUCACAAUCAUUAUUUGCCUACCCUUCCCUACGUAUACAUGAGUUUGCUACUUGUUUUUGACCCGCCGCCUUGUCGCCUUUGCUUUACUCGUCUCCCCUGAAGACGACCACUCGUCAUGAUGAAAGUAAAUUUCAGAAACGAUUUUGUCGCGUUGGACUGUCUUCGGCUUUCCGGAGAAGUGAUCACGUACAUUGUUGACCCGGAACUGAUCCAGACCGUCCAGGAUUUCAAGGUCUACCUGAAUUACCUCGAAGGCAUCCCCGUGUCCCUGAUCUCCGUGUUUCAUGUCAAAACGGCCACAGCCGGAGGAGAUGAAUUAUCUGGCUCUAAGGUUGGGAGUUCUUCUUCCAGGAGACCGUCGAAAGAAAGCAACGCUGUCGGUCCUCCAGGAGUAAAUUUCCAAGCGAGCGAAAGCGGUUCGGCGUUCGAAGAGGAGGACCAAGCUGCAGGCGAUGCCACGAAUCCACUUCAGACUUGCUCGAAAUCCACCGCAGGAGGAAAUGGUGCGGCUUUGACGGAGGAGCUUCUAGAAGACAGCAUUCUGCUCUCUGAGCUGACGCUGAAUUCGCAAUUAACGUCGCAGCAGCAUCCGGGGUCUAGUACAACAAGUUCUUCCGACAGCUGUGUAAUUCUGGUCACACCACGAAACAUCAAGGCUAACGCUAACGCAUCUUCUUCGCAGCAAGCCCUCGCGGCCGAACUUCACUCCCGAGUCCAGCUCCGACUCAUUAUCAACGGGGUUGCGUUUCCGAAGGAAGUUAACUCCGAUUUUUCCUUCCUCAACCAACUGGGUUUGGAGAAGUGCCGGCAGUGGGUUUUCUUGGAGGCUUUCAAGGACUGCCAUAUGAAAUGCAAAUAUGUCUGGGUCUGGAAGAUUCUUACAUUUGUCAUGUAUGUCUGACAUGACUCGAGAAUCAAUCUGUGAUGCAUGGGCACGAAAAGACUCUCCUAUCUGUCAUGCAAAAACGCAGCUUCUCAUGCGGAACACGCAACACAUAGCAGCUCAAAAAUUUGUCAUGCUGGGCUGCGUAUUGCAGUCCGGCUAUCAUCCACUUUUUGCAUCACAAGUUUCCAGACCCAGACAUGUUUGCAUUUGAUAUGCCAGUUGUACGAGCAGUUGAAGGACAAAUCCGCGUUUUUCUGCCGGGUCUGCAAACAGCACCGGGAGGCGGGGAACGUGAUCCUAGCGCUGGCGGAGUCUCCGAAAUUGAUCGAGUUUUUGGAUUUCCGAACCGAGAUGCCCGUGCUGAACGCGGAGGUCAUGCCGGGGUAUUACUACGUGGAGCAGGGCUGUACUGCUAAUAUUUUUUGCACUGGGGAAGAACAAGGAAGGAACGUUAAAGGUAGAAGCACCAGCGUAAUUGCCAUGAACGCGACCAACAGGAACCCGAAGGACCCUGCGGGGGUGCACGAUACAGCUGAACACGACAGCACUGAGGAAGUAGUAGACCAUCCAGCAGCAGCCACUGCUGCUGCUGCUGCAGAAAAUAAGCCAGUACAACAUCAACAGCAAGCGAGUAGAAAGACCACUCGCCGCGGGUUGACCACCGGUGAUCUCAUCCACAAUCGGACCAGUGAUGUUGGAGAAGGUGAGAACCAAACACCGGAACAGGCCCUGUAUUCUGUUCUGGAACAACUCCGGUUCCAGAACAGCGGGAUGAUGCAGCGGGAUUUCCUGCCAGCCACGGCGAGCAAACGACCAUUAAUCGUCGGUGCGGAUUCGUCCUUUGAGCAUCUGGUUCAGGCUGCGCGGAAGCCGAAUAACAGUGGCGGGUCGUCUGCAUCUACUACUAAUUCGCCGGUGAGUAGAACUGCAGCUCUACUUUCGCCGGACGACCCGAAUUGGACUAAGGAGACGCUGAAAGACAGUGAUGUAGAAGCUGUUUUGGAAUUGGAGGAUGAGAAAAAUGGUAUUCACGAUGAUGCAGGACGAGGAGGUCGUGCUCUCCCCGGAGGGGUCGGGGAAGCACGAACCAUCGGACGCGAGAUCAGAGGGGUAAGGCCGGCCCAAGACGAGGCCGAGCCAGAGACAUACAACCUCCCGCAAGUUACCGACCGCUCUCCCUGCGCAGUAACUGGGUACUGCCCCCUUUUGCACAGCAGGUCCGCGAUUUUGGGAAACACCGACCCGGAGAUAGUACUGGAACAGGAGCGCGCAAGUCUUCUACACCAGGAGAGCGCCUCCAGGAGCGACUUCUCUAAUGAGCGCGGAGCAGCACAAGCACGACUACAAGAAGAAAACCUAGAAACCCAGCCGGGUUGUACAACUGCUGCAAAGGCAUCAGAUGACGUUGAUGCUGUAGUUUCAUCGGCGCACGAUACUGCCACGGAGGACGAUGAUGUGCUUGAUGUCCCAGCGGGACGAGAAGAAGAGCCUAGAACAAAUGCAGGGGUCCCUAGAGGACCGCCGGCGCAUCAACAGCCGGAGGGUGAACAGGUGAAUCCGAAUACCGGGUCGGAGACAGAGGUUUAUGACCCGCACGUGUAUUCCUACUACACGUUUCUCUACGAUAGAGAGCGAUCGUCAGCUGGGUCACAAGAUUUUUCAAACAAAAACCAUGCUGGAACGGAAGUACAAGACGACUUCAAGCUGAACGGUGACGCAGCACAGGAUCAUUUUCAACGAAACGGGAAUGUUGACGCUCUACUUCCUGAGGAUUUCGGCAAAGGAAAGACCGGCGGCUUAUGCUUACCCUCCACUUCGCGUUCGCAACAAGCGCUCCAACAUCUGCCGAGAAACGACCACUCGUUUUGCCUCAGCGAAGCUGAAGACCGGAAUGCGCCGGCCUCGGGUAAAUCUUCCGCGACCUUCUGUCCGAUUGCGUCGCAUUCCCUACUUUACACCAUCUUCAACGAAGCCGAAAACGCAUUUUUUAGCUCGGUGAAGGAGCAGUCCAUGCCCUCCAACUACAAGAGCGGUACAGCAACAACGCAACAUGCCCUGAAAAGGACGCAGAGCUCGGAAUCCUGUUUGAAACGGAAAACGACUGCAGUCUCGAGCGAUAAGCAGCCGGCAAGAUUGCCCGAUGCUGAGAAAAACAGCCAUUUUUCUCACGACGUACUGCAACACUCAGGGGGCACGACUUCUAGCAGUGAUGCAAAGACGGCAAGAGAAGGCGAACUCCCCUGGGGGUACAACACCGGGUAUCAUGUGUCUUCUCCUUCGCAGUGGCACCGUCCUACUACCCUCUCCCCGGCCGGCCUGGGACCAUCGAACUACAGAGUUGUUGUAGAUGAACACUCGACCUACCGCUCGCCCAAUUUUGGGGGGAUUUUCCGCCGGAGGAAAAGGAUGAACCGGAUGAGCUCCGCGACCGACAAGCAACUUCUGUACCAAAAAGCGAUCGCCAUGUACUAUGAGGAGCAGCAGCACGCCAGUGGGAGCUCCGCAUCCAGGCUUUUCUGCGACCCCGAGCUGCUUUAUUACCAGUCGGAGCCAGAGGACCUGGAAACAAAGUCCUACGACUUUCACCCCGUUUCGCGGGAUCACCAUCACAUGCUCUUCCGCCAUCAAGGCGGGUUUGGGAAAAAGACGGCAUCAGGUGGGGUCGUACAACUGAACAAUCAGGGCGGGAGUGCUACAACAACACCGGCAGGAGGACAUCUUCAUACCGGAAAUAAAUCGAGUGUAUUUCAUCUUUCGGCACCAUCGUCGACGAAAAAACCGGUUUCCAAGUCAACGCACGUUGUGGAGUUGCUUCGAGAGGAGCACAGUUCGUUUUCCCCUUCGGACGAUGAAGACAAGCAGUUAGACGCGGACAUUCAAGUCCAGAAAGUGCUAGAAUUGGGCAUAAGACAACACAAUCAACAUCAUCUUCAUCACAAGAAAGUGAAAGAGGAUGCACAGGUGGAGCACAAUUCAUUUUCGAAAAAACUGACGGCAGCAAUGGAGGCACAGAAGAGCCCGAAAAUUUUCAGCCGGACAGAAUUUGAACUUGAAAAUAACGGAGAAAAUCAUCCAACAGCGGACUCUUACAGCGUCACUGUCUUCCAGCACGAAGAAAAAGUUGAAAAUAUUUGUCACCCGACCAGUAGUUCCGCAAUACACUUACACGCCGAGAUCAUGUCAGCAGACCGAAGGGAAGUAGAGGCCGCGCAAGAAAUGAAUUACCUUGGAGAACAAGAAACUACAACAAGUCAGCCCCCGAAUACAACAGCAACUACCGAGAUUUACCACGGUCCCAUGACGCUGUCCGAGUACCUGAAUUACAUCAAUAGCACGUCCGGGGAAGAUGACACCAGUCCUUCGGGAUCCGACCCGACCACCGCCUGUCCGCUGACCAGCAGUGAACAGCAGAGCUCGCUGGGCAAUCUCAGUCCCAGAAGCACAGUCUCUCCUGUCCUCGGGGGUGGGGCGGCAGCAGCAGCAUCUUCCGUGGCAGCGGUCACAGGAGCAGGUGCAAGUACAACUAGCUGGACUUCUAACAAUAUCCUCUCUCCUACAUUAUCACCAGGAGCUUCUCCGUCCUUGUCCACACGAAUGGCUUUAGUGGAAGACGAAAUCUCCGCCGCAUUCGAAAACCGCACGCUGUCCACGCCAGCGAGAACAAGUCAUGUCGAUAGCAACAAGUUCGACACAAGUAGCUCGCACAGAGACCACCAUAGUACUCAUUUUGCGGGAACAUUAAACACCAACCACGACAGCUUCGAGCAAACCCUGCAGCAACGGACGCAACUGCUCUUUGAGCACAGCACGCGAUCCAGCAAUACAACUGCAAAUCCGUCCCUACAACAACACAGUAGCACGAAGUACAAGCUCCACUACGACAUGCUGAACUACGUGGAUGACACGGGAAGAACCCCUUUAGCCUGGCUCCUCGUCUGGAAACACGAGCAGGCGGCGACCAGCGUAAUCCGGAGGGCGGACUUUGUCAACGUAAACACGAAAGACAAGUGGGGCGGGAUGCUGUUAACGCUCGCCGUGCCGCAAAACCGGCUGUUUUUGGAGAUUGCGCGGAGGAGAGCAAAGGAUCUGUACCUGCAGUCGAUCGAAGACGUCUUGCAAAGCGGAUUGCCGGCGUUCCGACUGGCGGUGAAAUUAGGACUGGCGGAGAAGCGGGAGCACAUUCUGAAAUCGCAAGAAAAAAUUUUGUCCUUUCUCUGCGACCGGAAGCGGGCGCGGGAGGAGAUGGCGAAGUUGGAAUGAAGGAAAGAUGUUGACAAUUUUGAAUUUUCAUUUUGGAGCUAAGUACUCUGUUUUGAAUCGUUUUCGUUUUGACGUGUGCGUUUUGAGUUUGAUAUGAGGACGAAAAGAAAAGGAUCUUGCCUUUCUAGAUAUGAUAAUCUUCUUGUCCUAGUGUGAAAAUAAGAACAGUCUGGUCGUGCCUCGCCAGGCCGCCGAAUUAGUUCGUGUGUUACAUAGAAGCGCUUUCAAGGUGAACUUCAUUUAUCGAAAAUAAGAAAGCUCCUGAUCUGUCUCUGUGUCAUUCUCAUUC